GGCUCCAAGAUGGCGCAGGCGAUUUUCGAGGCCCUGGAGGGAAUGGACAAUCAGACUGUUUUGGCCGUCCAGUCAUUGUUGGAUGGCCAGGGAGCAGUCCCAGAUCCAACAGGCCAGAGCGUCAACGCACCCCCUGCCAUCCAGCCCUUGGAUGAUGAGGAUGUCUUUCUUUGCGGGAAGUGUAAAAAGCAGUUCAACUCGCUGCCGGCAUUUAUGACCCACAAGCGGGAACAGUGCCAGGGGAAUGCCCCCGCCCUGGCCACAGUCUCACUGGCCACCAACAGCAUCUACACACCCUCAGCAGCACCUGCAGCGGUCCAGCAGGCCCCGCCUCCUGCCAAUCGACAGAUCUCCACAUACAUCACGGUCCCCCCAUCCCCGCUGAUCCAGACGUUGGUGCAGGGGAACAUCUUGGUGAGUGAUGAUGUGCUUAUGUCUGCCAUGUCGGCCUUCACGUCCCUGGACCAGCCCAUGCCUCAAGGGCUCCCGCCUGUGCAGAGCAGCCUGAAUAUGCAUUCUGUGCCCAGCUACCUUACCCAACCUCCACCACCUCCUCCACCCCCUCCACCUCUGCCCCCACCCCCACCUCCCCAGCCUCCACCACCCCCACCCCAGAGCCUGGGCCCUCCUGGGCGCCCCAACCCUGGUGGGAACGGCGUGGUGGAGGUGUAUAGUGCCACUGUGCCCCUUGCUGGCAGUGGAACAGUGGAGAUCCAGGCACUGGGGAUGCAGCCCUACCCACCCCUGGAGGUGCCAAACCAGUGUGUGGAAGCUCCAGUGUACCCUACACCCCCGGUAUACAGCCCUGGCAAACAGGGGUUCAAACAGAAAGGACCAAACCCCACUCCCCCCAUGACCAGCACCACUGGGGGCACAGUGACCACCUUUGAUUCUCCACCCACGCUGAAGACACGACGGGCUAAAGGUGCUGGUGGACUCCCAGAAGGGAAGCCAAAGACCCAGAAACUCAAGUGCUCCUACUGUGACAAGGCUUUCACCAAGAACUUCGACCUGCAGCAGCAUGUCCGAAGCCACACUGGGGAGAAGCCCUUCCAGUGCAUUGCGUGUGGCCGGGCCUUUGCCCAGAAGUCUAACGUGAAGAAGCACAUGCAGACGCACAAGGUGUGGCCCCCAGGGCGCAGUGGAAGUACUGUUUCCCGGAACUCUGUGACUGUACAAGUCAUGGCUUUGAACCCCAGCAGGCAAGAGGACGAGAACACAGGGUUGGGACAGACCCUGCCAAGUGCGCCACAGCCACAGGCCUUGCCCCAGGCAGGUGAGGACGAGGGAGACAAGCUAGAGCCCAAGCAGGUGGUCCUCAUUGAUAGCUCCUACCUGUGCCAGUUCUGUCCCAGCAAGUUCAGCACCUACUUCCAGCUCAAGUCACACAUGACCCAGCACAAGAACGAGCAGGUAUACAAGUGUGUGGUGAAAAGUUGUGCUCAGACCUUCCCCAAGCUCGAUGCAUUUCUGGAGCAUAUCAAGAGCCACCAGGAGGAGCUGAGCUACCGCUGUCACUUGUGUGGAAAGGACUUCCCCUCGCUGUACGACCUGGGUGUGCACCAGUACUCACACAGCUUCCUGCCACAGCACAGUCCCAAGAAGGACAGCGCCGUCUACAAGUGUGUCAAAUGCGUCAACAAAUACUCCACUCCUGAGGCCCUGGAGCACCAUCUGCAGACGGCCACACACAACUUCCCCUGCCCACAUUGCCAGAAGGUAUUUCCAUGUGAACGCUACCUGAGGCGUCACUUGCCCACCCAUGGCAGUGGAGGCAGAUUCAAGUGCCAGGUGUGCAAGAAGUUCUUCCGGCGGGAGCACUACCUCAAACUGCACGCACACAUCCACUCAGGUGAGAAGCCCUACAAAUGCUCCGUGUGCGAGUCUGCGUUCAACCGCAAGGACAAGCUCAAGAGACAUAUGCUGAUCCACGAGCCCUUCAAGAAGUACAAGUGUCCCUUCUCGACACACACAGGCUGCAGUAAGGAGUUCAACCGGCCGGACAAGCUGAAGGCACAUAUCCUCUCCCACUCAGGCAUGAAGCUCCAUAAAUGCGCGCUGUGCAGCAAGUCCUUCAGUCGCCGUGCGCACCUCGCGGAGCACCAGCGCUCACACACGGGCAAUUACAAGUUCCGCUGUGCUGGCUGCGCCAAGGGCUUCUCUCGCCACAAAUACCUCAAGGACCACCGCUGCCGCCUGGGCCCCCAAAAGGACAAGGACCUGCAAAACCGGCGGCCUCCCCGGAGGAGGGCAGCCCCCCGCAGUGGCUGUGGCAGUGGAGGGCGCAAGGUGAUGCCGUCCCUGGGCGACCCGCUGGGACUAGAGGAGCUGAAGGUGGCGGGGACAGCACCCGAGGCCGCCCCUGGCAAGCCACCCUUCCCCGAGCAGGACGCCGUGCUGUCCAUCGUGGUGGGUGGCGCGGUGGGCGGGGACCCCGAGCUGGUGGUACCUGGGCACGCGGAGGGGCUGGGCUCCAACCUGGCUCUGGCGGAGCUGCAGGGAGGCGCCGAGGGCCCGUGCGCCAUGCUCGCUGUGCCCGUCUACAUCCAGGCCUCCGAGUGAACAGGGCCGUUGGUGCCCAUCCGGACAGGCUCUCAGCCUUGGUGCUGGCCAUCGGCAGACGCCCUUUGCAAACCCUGGCCACCUAUGUCUGCGCCCCACAUCCGUCAGGAAACCCUACAACACCCUCGGGGCUGAGGCAGGGCCACUUGUAGCUCUUGGACACAGCGAUGACAGGAGAGAUGGCUCGGGCUUGAGCUGCCCAGUCUGGCGGAUCUAGGCUGGUGGUUGGACCUCCUAGGAGAGAUGACAGAAGGGUCCCACACUCCUCUCCUGCAGGCUGCCUCUGGUGGUCUCCAGUCAAGCUGCCCUCCAGUCAAGCUGCCCUUCAGGACACUGGACAUAGCCCCCGUCCUUAUCUAUUGGUCAUUUUCCCUUAGGGUUCUUCGUGGCUACUCUGCCAGGUGGGCAUUUAGGAGGCAGACAGCAUCCUGGCUAGAGAACAGCAAUGAGCCAGACCUGGCUUCAAAUCCAGGCGUUGACAAGCACGUGCUGGGUGAUUUGGGCAAGUCACGCUCUCUCUUGAGUCCGUGUUCCUCAUCUGUACAGUGGAGCUUAUGAUAGUACUACUUCCUAAGGUUGUCUUGGGUAUUCAAAAUAAUGAGACUUGGAAAGUGCCCAAUAAAUGUU